AGGCGGCAGUAGUGAUCUGUCAGGCGGCGGCAGAGGCGUCCCUGUUGUCGGCUUCUAUUCCAACACCAUGGCUCGGAGGAGCGAACUGACAUGGAUGUCGCGGGCUGACACGGCGGAGCACACGCAGAGAUUCGGACUGGCUUUAUUAAUUCUCCGUGGCGUUUUUGUCUCCACGACGAUUCCUCGGAUGUAACGGAGGAAGGUUCCAAUAAUCUUUGUACCCGGGAUUGAGCACGAAAAGGCGGCCUCGGAUCACGCAGACGCCGCUGGAAGUUGAGCUCACCAGGGCUCAGCUCAUGCGAGAGGCCAUGGGCAGUCAGGGCAGCCCGGUGAAAAGCUACGACUACCUCCUCAAGUUCCUCCUGGUGGGGGACAGCGACGUGGGCAAAGGGGAGAUCCUGGACAGCCUCCAGGACGGCUCGGCCGAGUCCCCGUACGCGUACAGCAGCGGAAUCGACUACAAGACCACUACCAUCCUUUUGGAUGGGAGGAGGGUGAAGCUGGAGCUCUGGGACACGUCAGGACAGGGGAGAUUCUGCACUAUCUUCCGCUCCUACUCCCGUGGAGCACAGGGCAUCCUGCUUGUGUACGACAUCACCAACCGCUGGUCUUUUGACGGCAUCGACAGGUGGAUACGGGAGAUUGAUGAGCAUGCGCCCGGCGUGCCUCGCAUCCUGGUGGGAAACCGGCUGCACCUGGCCUUCAAGCGGCAGGUGCCCACCGAGCAGGCUCGGGCCUACGCCGAGAAGAAUGGCAUGACCUUCUUCGAAGUGAGCCCGCUGUGCAACUUCAACGUCAUCGAGUCCUUUACAGAGCUGUCGCGCAUUGUCCUGAUGAGACACGGCAUGGAGAAGUUCUGGAAGCCCAACCGAGUGUUCAGCCUUCAGGAUCUCUGCUGCCGAGCCAUCGUGUCAUGUACGCCGGUCCACCUCAUCGACAAGCUCCCGCUUCCCGUGGCCAUAAAGUCCCACCUCAAGUCCUUCUCAAUGGCCAACGGCAUGAACGCCGUCAUGAUGCACGGACGCUCCUACUCGCUGGCCAACCCCGCCGGCGGCUCCAAGGGCAACAGCCUGAAGCGCUCCAAGUCCAUCCGUCCACCGCAGAGCCCCCCGCAGAACUGCACGCGCAACAACUGCAAGAUCUCCUAACUUCCCCCUUUCCCCUGCGGACGAUGACGAGACCCUGCGGCGUUCGCCGGGAUGCAGGAGGGCGUGAAGUGUAGGAAAGCGGCGCACCCCUCAACCCUCGGAUUGAUGUGCCACUCCCACCAGGCCCCAACCUUUCAGAUCAUUGCCAGGGGGCGUGGCUAAGGGGCCCGUCGCAGAGAAAAAGUGAAACAUUUGAGUGUCCCGCUGCUACUUAACGAGUCAAAUGAGAGACUCUGGCGCUGUCCACUUGUACAGACGUGUGUACGCUCAUCGUGUGUCUGCAUCGCAAACCUUUUUCAUCUGCUUUCUAAAAGUCAAUAAGCUAAAAGUCCUCGCACACGAGCACACUCCACCGCCUUUUUGGGUUGGCCUUUGAAUUGAUGCUGCACAAGAGGUUUAAACCCCGCCCCCAACGCCUCUUCCUGAUUAGUGACUCUUUACUAGCCCUGCUCACUAGUGGUGACCAUUAAGAAGGGUUCCACUCUUUGAGGUUCCUUUUUGUUUUGUGUUCCACGCAUCACCGCCUACUUUCCAGAGGGAUGGCUUGUUGCCAUGGACACCAGCCACUGCUACAAUACAUGACUCAUCUAUUUCUUGGUUUCUGGCUUGGCACAAGUCAAGGGAAAGAAAGUUUCCCUGUUUUUUCCUUCAACGGUAUUUGAUCUCCUCAUACACUUUGGCUUGCCUACUAGUACUAUGAAUACUAGUAAUGUCUACGGAUGUUCUCGUUCAUCCAGGUCGUUGUAUUCCCAGGGCGUGUAACCAAUCUCAACUGGAUUGUUCUGGGUUUUCUAAAAUUGAAACGAAUGCCAACGUGAGUUUUCCUACUCAUUUUGGGCUAUUAGUGGUCGUUCCACAGCGAUUGAGGGGAAUUUAUUGUUGGUAUUGACAGUACGGUUGCUCUUUUUGCAUCCAAACAGUUUUAACCAUCCUUACCCAGGCUCAACCUCCUUGUGUCGGAGUAUAGAUAGUUGAUGUUUUGGCACCAGCUGCUAGACUGGGUCUGACCGAUCUAAGCCUAUGAGCAUGAACUGAUUAAGCCUACCUGAGAGAGGCGAAACGUUUUCUGAAACAAACCAAACAGUCCAUUGUGAUCGCUUGAACGCCCUGAGAAUACUAUUAGUAAUUCUACUACAUGCUAGUAAUACUUGCACUGAGGCCCGAUGCCACAUUUGGCCCCUUUCCCCUCCUGAUACGUCUGAAGUUUCUCAGGUGGUUUCUGAGGCGGAGGUUAAAAAGGUAGUUUUAGCACAAACAUGAAGCAGGAAGUAGCUCUUUUUUAGGGGUCUCGUUUUGAUUGUGGAGGUGCGUGUUGGCGUGUAAACAAACAGGAAGAGUUUUUGCACUUUAGAACCACAACAAACGGGAUAGGAUAGACUUUAUUCAUCCCACUGUGGGGAAAUGAUGUGGUUACUAAACAAUAGGUAAACAAAGGAUAUUAAAAGAGCAGUGAGCGGACGCAACCAGCUGCCACUUAAGCGGUGCCAUUUCUACUUACAUUUUUUUUUUACUACAAUUUAAAACACAACGACAAAACAAAGGAGCAAUAAAUAAUACAUAUCGCACACAUACAAAAAAACGAUUUCAUCACCGACAUAAUGUUAGUAGUCGACACAAUCUCGUAAUUAUUAGUGGUGCAAAUCUUUGGGCACCUAACGAUUCAAUUUCGAUUCUUGGGAAUUCAUUCUGAAUUCAAACCGAUUCUCGCGCUGUAUUAUUUGGUACAAGAAUUUUAAAGAAAAACUUUUUUCAAAACAGGUUACAGGAUAGGAAAGGUUUAAUUGAUUUUAGUUUGGAUACAGUAUGAAUAAGAAUUGCGAUUCAAACAAGAAUCGCGAUUCGGAUAAAAAUCUAUAUUUUUGUGCACCCAUAUUCCUCUCCAAACGCCGACCAUCAACAGUAUUCUCGGCUAUACUCCAACGCUGGUUUCAAAGCACAAUCUUGACAACUGUUUUUUUUUUGGCGUUCAUGCAUUUAAUCUGCCAGCGAGCCCAUCUGCUUAUUAGUGCGCCACCAAAACUAUUUGCUAAAUGUUUAUGUCGGAGGGGCAUGACUCACUGUACCCACGAUCGCGUUGAAACUGCCCUCGUUACGCCAUCCGCUCGUGUUGGACAGCUGCGGUCCAGCUGUUCCUGCGAAACACAUCCAUCUCCCAACACACGACCGCGAGGAAAAUCGGCUCUUUUCAUUGGAGGAUGUUGCUGCAUAACUGUGUGUGUGUGUGUGUGUGUGUGUGUGGCAUUCAUGGACGGUUGUAGUCGCGUGUUGCAUUUGUGUUGUGUCAUGGGUGCCCAAACCUUUUGACUCCAAGGGCCAAAGUGAAAAUGUGCUAAUGUUUUUUUACCAUGCAACAGCACCAUGUGUGAGGAAUUUAGACUCAUACCGCCAUACAUGAAUAUUAGACGGUAGAGACUGUCAGGCUCAAUAGAUGGCAACUAGUUGGCCUGUAUAUUAAAUCUAUAGAUUAUCUGUUAAAAAAAAUUAACUCGCAGCUAAGUUACCAGAACUUAACCAUAAAAUAUACAGUGGUUUUAUCUGUAUCAAUUUUUAAUUAAAAAGAAAAAUCAAUUGAAAAUGUUUAGGUUUUUUUUAAAUGUCCUGUCCAGCGACUCAGGUAAAUCAUAUAGUUGAUGUAUAUGAUCAUAUCUGCUGCACAAAUUUACUUUAGAAAAGAGAAGUGUUGGAUACUUCUCUUGUUGCCUUAUUUGUAUUUGACUUUAACAAAUGUUUGAGUAGAAUUUUGUUAAUCAAAACCCGUUUUCUUUUAAGUAAUAUAAACAUUUAUCAGAGCCUAUUUUAUGGAGGAAUGUUGUUAAUUAUAGAACUGGCACUCACUUAAUCGAGAAUGGAUUCUGAAUCUAAUCGUGCUGUGCCCAAUGAUUCCCAGCCCUAGUUUUGACGUUAAUUUACUGAAAAUUGAAAAUCUCUACCAAUGUUUUUUUGACAUAAAAGUUUUGGCAACUGGGCUACCAGUUUUUUUCCCGUAAACAUUUACAGCCGUUUUUUUUACAGUGCAUUAUGUUAAAAAAAAACAACAAACGGUUCCACUGUUAUUUUUACUGUAACAUUUUGCCGACUGAGCUGCUAGUUUAUACACAAUCUACAGCCUUUUUAUUUUACAGUGCAUUACUGUGAAUUGAAAAACAAUACCACUGCUAUUUAUACCGUAAAUUUCUGCCGACUGAGCUGCUACUUUUUUUUUUUACUGCAAAAUCUGUGUUCCUUGUUUUUUUAACAGUGCUUUACUGUAAAUGGAAACAUGGUACCACUGUUCCUUAUACGGUAGAUUCCAGUGACUUAGCUCCCAGGUUUUUACCUUUCAAAUUUUUUUUUAUUUUUCGGGUAGCCUAGCAUACAUAGUCGUGCAGCUUGAAAGAGGUCAAAAUGAAUGCAAUACAUUUUGGUAGCCACCCAAAUGAAAUGAGCCGAAGGGCCCCGCUUUGGGCAUCCCUCACUUAGGUGCCUGUUGAGUCUGUUUUGAGAGCCUAGCACCGAAAUGAAAUGAUUCAGGUGUCGGCACAAGAAAAUUUACAUUUGGCUGCGUUCAGGGCGCCACUGGAAAUGGCAGAUGUUGCAUUCAGGUGUCAUCUGCUGCAUGGGAAUGCGAUGGCGCUGCUUUUACGGCACGUCUUCUGAUGCCGCCCCCGCACGUCGUCACAAGAUUCAAUGCUGCUGAAUAAUAGAUGCUCUUCUCACAGAUCUCAGGAGGGCCUCAUCAGUGCGCUGCAGUUCCUCGCUCCUCUUUCAUCCUUUAGCAUCUUCCUCCCCUCUUUCCCUCUGCCAUGUUUCCUUCCACGCCACAGCCCGUUGUUCUCGCCUUUUUUUCCAUCGGUUUGUUUUUUCAGAGGCUCCCCUUCCUCAGCGUGUCUUUCCUCUCAGUGUUUUUGAUGCGAUGCCACUUCGACUUCUAUCUGGCUCUCUCAAACAUUUGUCACCACCUCAGAAAACAUUUGACCCUCCAAGAACCACUAUAAUGACCAGCAAUAAAAUACAGUAGUGUAGUAAGGCUAAGUAUUUGUUUGAAAAAAAGCAUAAGUUUUAUUUAACAAGUAUAUUUAAUAUGUUAUCCUACUGUAACAUUACACACAACGCACAAAAGAGUGUACAGUACAUUUUUACAAACUUUGUGGGCCUUCCGCUAGAUGUAGCCCACUUGUCACAGUUUGAGAAUCACUGUUUUCUCAUUUGGCCAAAUCACCUUUUUAGUGUCUUUUAACCCCCUAAAUUACAUUAACUUUGAUGUUUUCAGAGAUUUACUUGUGUUUUUUCAAGCCUCCAGACACACAUGGCUUAUUUGUAUCCCCAAACAUUCUCCACACUGCAGUCCUGUGGCUCGUGCAGCUACAUUUUGGAGCCGAUCAGACCUUUUUUUUUUUUUCACUGCUUCAUGUUUUCACAAGACAACUUGUAGAUUUUGUUUCUAGCAACACUCCUGUUGGGAAUGUGUUUCCUUCCUUCCUGCGCCAGCCACUACUUUUCCACCCGCUGCUCUCCGCAACGUGGCCACACAUACCAUCGACCAAAGCAUGCAUCAUAAAAAAACAACAUCCAAAUGAUUUGAGUUUGUUUUUUGUAUAUCCCGCAUGAUAUGUUUAACAAUCUGGAUUGAGUGUAGGGUAUAAACCACAGUAGAGAAGGGAUUCAUAGGGUCCAAUUCCUGUGUUGAUUUUACGUGAGAGGACGUGGGGGUAGGUGGGUUUAUCAAUUUACAAUGCAGUCUGCUGAAAUGAUGGAAAGCGCCACUCUGCAUAGAAAAUUUGGAAUAGCCCAUAAAACACAUUUUAAAAUAUUCAACACUCUACUGCCGUCUGGCGGCUAAGGUAGAUAGUGCAUCGCCCUAAUUUAUCACGUUUUAUGUGUCAGGUCAACCGCGACAAAUGGGGCCAUAUGAAUCCCCUUCCCACUAUACAACCGUAAAUGGAACUAAUGCUUGUGCCACUUACUGGGGGUCUUUUGCACAAAAAUGGGCUUUAAUGUGUAUCAGCUUUCUUUUUUAAGGGACGUUGUGAUGAUAAACUCUAUGAAAAAAAUAAGACGCGCGUCGUCUCAGUUGGAAAAUGAAUUUGGGUGUUUGUUGUUGACAAGAAUUCCAGAAGAACUCUGAUGACGACCAAGAAAACUUUUUGUUGUUGUUCCUGUCCACAGUCGUGGACUCAAACAUGUAAUUGUGUUUUCCAUCUUUCUUUUUUUUGCUGUUAAAUCUUCCUCCUGUGGAUUUUUUUUUACUCAGCUAAGAUUCUAAAUUAUUUUGUUGACAAGGAAAGAAAGAAGAUUCAGGACCCUUCCAGGGAAGCAGGGUGAUAUCGCCUGUUGGGCUUGUGCAGAGGAUCAGUGUUGUGAGAUUUAUAACGGAGACUUAGAACCACACUCAAGUGAAACACUAUUUUUGGGUCCAAAGCUGCUUAGGUGUGAAUGUGUCUGUGUGGCUGAGAAAUAAGCUGAAACGUUUAUUUUUCUUUUCUUUUUUUAAAUUAUUGAUUGUACAGUUUCAAUGCUGUGAGUGUUUGAAGGGAGACUUUUUCACAAUAAAACAAUUGAAUGUUCAAAGUUUA